AUGCACCGCCGAUCGGCCUGGCUGCUGCUGCUGCUGAUGGCCCUGCUGAUCGUCCAGUCACCCCAAGUGACCAGCUCCACCACCGUCCCGCACUUGGACGCCCCCUCGAGUCCGCCCGCCGAGCACCCUACCCCGGACCGCUCGCUCGCCUGGCCCAAUGCCACCUCCCCCGCCGCUGCCGCCGAUGCCUCGGCCGGAGUUUCCGCCGGCCCCUGCCCCAGCUACUUCAAUCCAUGCAGCAACACCCAAGAGUGCUGCCCGGCGCUCUGUGAAAAAUGCACCGCCAUGCCCCAUUCAUGCACUGUCAAGUGCACCGCCUGCGAGAUAUCGUACCAUGUGCUGACCAACUAUCGCUGCCAUUUCGAGUGCCCCUUUGGGCACUAUGGCGUGGACUUCGCCCCGGCCUGCCUCCCAUGCCACCACUCCUGCCUCGAGUGUAUGGAUCCCUACGACCAUUGCCUUGCCUGUGUGACGGGCGUCCUGCGCCCCGAGGUGGGGGCCUGCUUCCAGAGCUGCCCGGCUCACCAGGGGGCAGCCACCAUCAAAUAUCUGAAAAAAAAAACCGGCACCAUGCCGCACAAGGUGUGCGUCGACUGCCCGGCCAACUGCGAAGAUUGCAAUCAACCUCGAGAGGACAUCCAUUGCACCAUCGCCUCGGGCAAAGGGCUGACAUGCCCAGCCUCUACCACCUGCUGGAGGUGCAAGUUUGGCUACUACCUGCUAAAUGAUGAGGAAUGCCUGAGCCAGUGCCCUCCAUCCUACUAUCCCGACAACUCCACCAGCGGGGACUAUCGCUGCAGGGCGUGUGCUCCCGGAUGCCUGAAAUGCAGGGGCCCCCUGGACUCCGAUUGCGAUUGGUAUCACACCCCGCCCACCCCGCCCACACCGCCGAAAGAAACCACCCCUUUCGACCCGAAAGUGGCUCUUGGCGUCGGCUUGACCAUCGGCUUGGUGUUCCUGGGCCUCUCGGCCGCCGUGUCGGUGUUCAUCCUCCACAAGGCGGAAGUCCUGCCAGACUGGCGAUCCCUCGUCAAGAUGCCCACACCCUCCGACCCGGUGCCCGCCUGA